AUGCAGGUUACUUUUACCGCGUUCCUGUUGCUGGUCGUUCAAGAUGUGACAGCACAGAAGAAUGAGGGCGACAGCUGCGUGGAGGAGCAUACCAACAUAGUCGGGCAGUGCACUCGCCCAGAGCAAUGUAAAGCGGCUGAAGAUGACUUUCAACUCAAUGGGAUAAGGCCGACCUUCUGCGAAUACACUUUCCGGCAGGUGCUGGUCUGCUGUAGAGAUGGCAGUAGUAUCCUGCAAGCUGCUGGAGAUAGAAGAGCUGCAACGGUAUGGGGCGUUGCUGAGAACUUAGCUGACAAGCGGCGUGUCAGCGAAAGAAAAUGCGAGGAGUACAGUCGGGCUGUGGUGCAGAAGGUGGACUAUACUGCACUGCUGCCUGACCCUGGCACGAUGUCGUUAUCCGCUGCCAACUGUGAUUACACCGGGGUUGAGCUGAUUGUUGGCGGCGAAGACGCCAACCAAGGGGAGUUCCCGCACAUGGCUGCAAUAGGGUGGGUGGAUUACGACGAUGGCUACACCUUCAGCUGUGGAGGGAGCCUCAUCAGCUCCAAGUUUGUCCUGACCGCAGGCCACUGCAUCAGCAACCCGCGCGCGCGCUAUCCAGCGCCUGCUAUCGUGCGACUUGGAGAUCAGAACCUCGACCCUGCCGUAAAAGAUGGCGCGAAUCCUAUAGAGGUGCCUAUCAAAACUAUCCACAAACAUCCAGACUACGUGCCGCCCAAGCGCUACAAUGAUAUUGCGUUGAUGGAGCUGGCUACUGAUGUAGAUUUCGAGAACAGUGUCCGCCCGGCCUGCUUGUGGUCCAGACCGGACUUCGGGGAUCAUACGAAGGCCUUUGCGACUGGUUGGGGAUCUACUGACCCUCGCACUAACCAACCGGCUAAAGAGCUGCAAAAGGUUUCUUUAUCGCUGUUAAAUAACGACUAUUGUGACAAACUGCUGGCCGGCGGUAGGAACAGACUGUGGACUGGGUUCGCGGCCUCGCAGCUGUGUGCCGGGGAACUGCGGGGAGGGAAGGACACUUGUCAGGGUGAUUCCGGCUCUCCCCUUCAAGUGGCUUCGUCGGACAACCAGUGCAUCUUCCACGUGAUAGGGGUGACAUCUUUCGGUCGACUAUGUGCACAAAGCGGCCAGCCGGCGGUUUACACUAGGGUGUCGAGUUAUCUCGAUUGGAUCGAGAGUGUGGUGUGGCCAGGAGAAUGA